UGAGGUGAACCAUGUGAUUGCAUUGAGUUGAGUUGCUGAGUCGGAUUUGUUGUCUUUUUCAUAUUAUUUAUUCUGUUUGCUGUGCUUUUUAUACCUCUCUUUGUUUCUUAUUUAUUUUAUUAACAAUUACUAAAACGGUGAAAUUUGAUUUUAGACAGUUUAUUAAAGGCUUUGUGUUAUUAGAAGAUGUUUAAAAAAUUUGAUGAUACCUGUGUUUCUGGGACAACUCAAUUGAAAUCAUCAGUUCAAAAAGGAAUCCGUAACAAGCUUAUUGAACAAUUUCCUAAUCUAGAAGAAAGUAUCGAUGAAAUUAUACCUAAAAAGGAUACCAUUAAAGUUGUUAAAUGUCAAAACCAUGUUGAACUGUUAAUUAAUGCAGCUGGUGAACAUCUAUUUUUCCGUCAAAGGGAUGAUCCAUAUAUUCCUACUUUGAAAUUGCUUCAUAAAUAUCCUUUAAUAUGUCCAAUAAUGCAAGUCGAUUCUGGUGCUAUUCAAUUCGUACUCCAAGGAGCCAAUAUUAUGUGUCCCGGUUUAACUUCAAGAGGAGCGAUUAUGACUCCAAAUUUACCAGCCGGAAGUGUAGUUGCAGUUUUUGCUGAUGGGAAACAGCAUGCUUUAGCUGCAGGAAUCCUCAAAAUGUCAUCUACUGAUAUAGCCAAAGUGAACAAAGGCAUUGCUAUAGAAAGUGUGCAUUAUCUGAAUGAUGGCUUAUGGCGAUUGAAACCAAUCAGAUGAUCAAUAUCUUAGUCAACAACUCAAUUUUUCAAGCUUUAAGAAAAUAUGGCUAUUUUAAUGGCAAAUGUGGUAAAUGAAGGAUUUUUUCAGAUGGAGUUUCUAUUUCUUAAAACAUAACUUCACUAUCAAUCAUUAAAAUAUCAAAAUUAAAAAAAUGAA